UAGAUUCCCAUGCCCCCACGCCACCACUUCAGACAAGUCUAUUUUGCUCUCUCCAGCUGGUUUCUCUUCCAACAAACACAUCGAACAUCCCCAAACCAUUCGGAAACUAGAAGAAAGAGGGAGGGGAAAGAGGAAUGGCAAUGGCAACUCAAGCUCUUCUCUCUUCAGUGGAAGCUGGAAGACAACUCCUUGGAGGAAAGCCCCUUCAAUAUUCUACUGCCACCAGGUCUGCUGGCUCUCCAAGAAAGGCUUCAUUUGCUGUUAGAGCAAGUUCAACACCACCUGUUAAGCAAGGAGCAGACAGACAGCUCUGGUUUGCAUCAAAACAAUCUCUCUCUUACUUGGAUGGAAGCCUUCCAGGUGACUAUGGCUUCGACCCACUGGGCCUAUCGGACCCGGAAGGCCCCGGAGGAUUCAUGGAGCCGAAAUGGCUAGCCUACGGCGAGGUCAUCAAUGGAAGGUAUGCCAUGCUGGGUGCAGUAGGAGCAAUUGCACCCGAGAUCCUUGGAAAGCUUGGUCUGAUCCCACCUGAGACUGCUCUCCCUUGGUUCAAGACUGGCGUCAUUCCACCAGCCGGAACCUACAACUACUGGGCCGAUCCUUACACUCUCUUUGUGUUCGAGUUGGCGCUCAUGGGCUUCGCCGAGCACCGGAGAUUCCAGGACUGGGUUAGGCCAGGGUGCUUGGGGAAGCAGUACUUCCUAGGCUUGGAGAAGUAUCUGGGGGGCUCAGGGGACCCUCCUUACCCUGGGGGACCUUUGUUCAACCCUCUGGGAUUGGGGAAGGAUGAGAAGUCCAUGAAGGAUCUGAAGCUCAAGGAGGUGAAGAAUGGAAGGCUGGCCAUGCUGGCCAUCGUGGGCUACUUUGUUCAGGCCCUUGUGACUGGUGUUGGACCCUUCCAGAACCUCUUGGAUCACUUGGCUGACCCAGUGAACAACAACCUCUUGACCAGCCUCAAGUUCCAUUGAAGGGUUCGUUGCCUUCUCAUGGCUCUGGUGAUUCCUUGAACCACUCAUGUAGCAUUCUCCGAAAACUUGUACUAGCUAUGCUGCUGCCUUUAAAAAUCCUUUUUAAGUUGUACAAAUGAUACUUGAUAUGCUAGCUGUGACAUGUUUAAAACUUCAUGACAGUCAAUGAACCAUGAAAGGUACCAAGGAGGCAAACAUAUAAAUAAAUA